CAUCCCCACUUUUUUGAGCUUUUUCACGGUGUCUGCAUGAAGUUAAGAGUUUGACAUCUGCUCGCAUUCACCCCCCCUUUGGCCUUGAUUUCUUCCCACAUAUAACUUCAAACUUAAUUAAUGAAUUGAAUGCGACCCGACUCUUUUCCAUGCAAAUCAGUGGUCACUUAUCAAUGUUGAUUGUUGACUCGAUCCCAUCUAUAAAUACCCCUUCUUACCAUUUUCUCUCUCAGGGUCCCAGCUCCACAUCUGUGAGGCUUUUUUUCUUUUGGUCCCAAAUCUUUCAAAAAAACACAAACAGAAAAUGGCAACAGCUUUACAAACAAAGAUAGAAGGGAAUCGUAUUACAACAAAGUGUGCUUCCUUAGUAAAGAAACAGCGAGCUCGUAUAUAUAUCCUACGUCGUUGUGCCACCAUGCUUCUCUGCUGGUACAUUCAAGGAGAUGAAUAAAUAGUUGAUGCUAUGACACAAACAACAGACAUGUUUUUAUCCUCGAUUCUUAUAGUCUCUAUAUCCCUUUUUUCACAUCAACUCAUGUGGCUCCCGUUUUCGGUUCUUUUCUUUGGCUUAUACAUAUUCUUAAAUAUGCAUGCCCUAAACUUCCAUCUUUUUAACACCAACGGUCCGUUGCAUUUAAAGGCUGUUGGGUCUUGUCUCAUUUUCUACUCCCUAGUUUUUGUCAUGUCUUGUUUAUCUUGACCUCUCUUCAUUUGUCCUGUUUAAAACACUUUUUUUAUCCAAAUGGUUUUCAUUUGGGUUUUUUGGGCAUCUGCAUCAGAGGACAAUUUCAACUUUAGACAUGGACCAGAAACGGGGAUAUGACCAGCAUGAAGGAAGCAAUCUUGCAUCAAGUUGGCAGCUUGAAAUGAAGGUUCUACAAUAACAUCUUGCGUUGUGUCAUGGUUUGUAGAUAAUUGUCUCCGCUGAAAAUAAAUGACGGUUCCUCACUUCCUUGAUAUGUAAAGCACUCAUAAAAUGAUUAAUAAUUCGGUGCUGCUACAAAUAUAUAUGUUGAAGCGCACUAAAUCUGAAGUUGUGAUUUAUUCAUCGGGAUGUUUUUUUCUUUUUAAUAAUGACUUUUUCAUCAUUUAAGUUGACAUAUA